CCAGUACACAUUGAAAACGUUGAUUUGGUGAUCAAUAGCGAUUGGCCCCACUCUUCACGUUAUACCGUCAGGUUUAAAGCUCUCGCGGACAGCUGGAGGACUUCUGUUUUGGUGCGAAACGCGGCAAAUUCAGGGGUAGUGUACAAAUUUCGAAAAAGUGAAUUAUCAGUGGUUAUUAAUUUGGAUAACGCUAUACAAACUAAAAAAUGGAAGCUAAUCAGUUUAGGGAGUUCGGAAAGGAGAUGAUUGACUAUGUCGCAAACUACCUCGAGAAUAUAAGAGAUCGGAGGGUUUUACCUAUUGUCGAACCGGGUUAUUUGAGACCGCUAAUACCAGAAACAGCGCCAGAAAAACCAGAAAAAUGGGAAGAUAUUAUGAAAGAUCUGGAAAGGGUUAUUAUGCCUGGGGUGACACAUUGGCAUUCACCUAGAUUUCAUGCUUAUUAUCCCACCGGCAAUUCUUACCCUGCAAUUGUUGCCGACAUACUCAGCGGCGCAAUCGCCUGCAUAGGUUUCAGUUGGAUCGCUAGUCCAGCAUGUACAGAAUUAGAAGUUGUUAUGUUGGAUUGGUUAGGAAAAAUGUUAGGUCUUCCCGAAGAUUUUCUAGCUUGUUCGGGAGGUAAAGGAGGCGGCGUCAUUCAGGGAACGGCUAGUGAAGCCACUUUAGUAGCGCUUCUCGGCGCUAAAGCACGUACCAUGGAUAUUAUUAAAAAAGAAAAUCCCGAAAUGUCUGACGCGGAAAUUAUCGGAAAGUUAGUUGGAUAUACCUCUAGUCAAAGUCAUUCAUCUGUAGAGCGUGCUGGUCUUUUGGGGGGCAUCAAAAUGCAUGCCUUGCAACCAGAUGAAUACAACAAACUUACCGGACCAACUUUGGAGAAAGCCAUCCAGGAAGAUUUAGAAGCUGGACUUAUACCCUUCUACGCUGUAGCAACUUUGGGCACAACAUCUUCAUGUACCUUCGACAGAUUAGACGAAAUCGGUCCCGUUUGCAACAAAUAUAACGUCUGGCUCCACGUCGACGCAGCGUAUGCGGGAUCAGCUUUCAUCUGUCCGGAAUACAGAUAUCUAAUGAAAGGAAUCGAACGCGCGGAUUCCUUCAAUUUUAAUCCUCACAAAUGGAUGUUGGUGAACUUCGAUUGCUCGGCGAUGUGGUUGAAAGAUCCAACUUGGUUGGUGAACGCUUUCAACGUCGAUCCUCUAUAUUUAAAACACGACCAACAAGGCUCAGCUCCCGAUUAUAGACACUGGCAGAUACCGUUAGGAAGAAGAUUCAGAUCUUUGAAAUUAUGGUUCGUUUUGAGGUUAUAUGGUAUAGAAAAUAUCCAAGCUCACAUUAGAAAACAAAUAGGAUUAGCACACCAUUUCGAAUCUUUAGUUAAAGCGGAUGGUAGAUUCGAAAUCACGCAGGAAGUCACUAUGGGAUUGGUUUGUUUUAGAUUGAAAGGUUCUAAUGAAAUCAACGAGGCUUUAUUGAAACGGAUCAACGGUAGAGGGCUCAUACAUUUGGUUCCUUCUAAAAUUAAAGAUACCUAUUUUCUGAGGAUGGUUGUUUGUUCUAGAAUGACCGAAAAAUCCGAUAUAGAAGGUUCUUGGAAAGAAAUCAAAGAAGCUGCCAAUGAAAUACUAACUAAGAAAGAAUAAUUUUUUUUUUUCAUUUUAUAUUCAUUUAAAUUUCGUGUUGUUUGUGUGUCUAUUUAUAUUCGAGUUGUUAUGUCAAAUAUUGAUUUGAUAUUAAGGAGGUUCAAGCGUCUACUAAUUAAAUUUCGCGCGCUCGUUACUCAAACAAUAUGGCCGACUGACGCCAUUAGAAAAAUUUCUUGCCAAUAAAAUUUAUAUAAUCGUAUAUUUAUGCUUCUAAAUGUUGUUGAUUUUAGGUCUCUUCUGUUUUAAAAUUAGUUUUUUUUUUUAAAUAAUUCUGUCUUAAUGAAAAUAUAUCACGACAAUUCUGAUUUAAUUUGUAACUAAAUAAUUUAACUAUGUGUUCCAUAAGAACUCAUGUUGAAGAAGCGAACUUAAAUUUCUUUAGAUUUGGAUCGAUAACUCAUAUAAAGAAGGUUACCAUUGGAUUCGUCAUAUUCUACACUAUCAAAAAAUAGAUAUUUUGCAUAAAUUUCGCGCGGAGCCCCCUUAAUAUACUUCAAGGAACGAAUUAUUCAAAAAUGUCGAAAGAUGUGAAAAAAUAGUAUCGGUUGUGUAUAUUCAAACAUUAAAAACUUGACAGUA